UUUCUGCAGGAGAAGGGACGUGGCUCGGGUCGGUUUCAGCACCAUGGACAGCUCCCGCCGCGGAACCCGGGCAGAAUCCGGGUGUAAAAUCCGGGCUGGCCGAUCACAAUCCUGCAAAUCUGCUGAUUUCAAUUUAUAGGAGAAAAUGGGAGGAGGGGGCAGAAAUGCUGCAGAUUUUUUUCACAUCAACUCCGGUCACAUUAGAUUAUUUUAUUCCACUUGAACUGGGAUUAUAAACCGCCCCGGACCCCCCCGGACCCCCGGGUCCCCUGCAGCAGGUUUUCAGGGAUGCAUCUGCUCGGCUCCAGCCUCCGGAGCUCCGGUCCUCUCCUCCUCCUGGUCGUGCUCGUGUCCUGCGCCUGGCCGGCCGCGGGGACCGCGGGGAGGAAGAAGCUGUACAUCGGCGCGCUGUUCCCCAUGAGCGGGGGCUGGCCCGGGGGCCAGGCCUGCCUCCCCUCCGCCCGCAUGGCCCUGGAGCUGGUCAACCGCAGGACGGACAUCCUGCCGGACUACGAGCUGGAGCUGAUCCACCACGACAGCAGGUGCGAUCCCGGGGAGGCCACCAAGCUGCUGUAUGAUCUCCUCUACACGGAGCCCAUCAAGAUGGUGCUGAUGCCGGGCUGCAGCUCCGUGUCCACGCUGGUGGCUGAAGCUGCUCGCAUGUGGAACCUCAUAGUGCUGUCAUAUGGCUCCAGCUCUCCCGCCUUGUCCAACCGUCAGCGCUUUCCCACCUUCUUUCGAACUCAUCCAUCUGCAACGCUGCACAACCCCACCAGAGUUCAGCUCUUCCAGAAGUGGAAAUGGACCAAGAUCGCCACAAUUCAGCAAACCACAGAGGUUUUUACAUCGACUCUUGAUGACCUGGAGGACAGAGUGAAGGAGGCUGGAAUUGAUAUCACUGUCCGUCAGAGUUUCCUCACUGACCCUGCAGUCGCCGUCAAAAAUCUGAAGCGACAAGAUGCCAGAAUUAUGGUUGGCUUGUUUUACGAGACCGAGGCCAGGAAGGUCUUCUGUGAGGUGUACAAAGAGAAGCUUUACGGGAAGAAGUACGUCUGGUUCCUCAUUGGCUGGUACGGGGAUAACUGGUUCAGAAUUAAAGACCCAUCCAUCAACUGUACAGUGGAGCAAAUGACGGAGGCUGUGGAGGGUCAUGUGACCACUGAGAUUGUUAUGCUCAAUCCAGAAACGGUGCGAGGAGCGUCCAACCUGACCUCUCAGGAGUUCCUCUCCCAGUUAACGUCUAAACUGGGGGGUCAAAAUCCAGAGGAGACUGGUGGUUUCCAGGAAGCUCCGCUGGCUUAUGAUGCUGUGUGGGCGCUAGCCCUGGCCCUAAACAAGACCGUGGAGCCCCUAAAGGCCAAGGGCUACCGUCUGGAAGAUUUCAACUACCACAACAAACUCAUCACUGCUGAGAUCUACAGAGCAAUGAACACCAGCUCCUUUGAAGGAGUUUCAGGUCAUGUUGUAUUUGAUGCUCAAGGUUCUCGGAUGGCCUGGACUCUUAUUGAACAGCUUCAAGGAGGGAGCUAUAAGAAGAUUGGAUACUACGACAGCAGCAAAGGCAAUCUUUCCUGGUAUGGGAAUGACAGGUGGAUAGGUCCAGGACCUCCUGCAGACCAGACUGUGGUCAUCGAAGAGUUUCGCUACCUGUCCCAGAGGCUGUUUGUGUUCAUGUCUGUCUUUGCCGGAUUGGGAAUCCUGCUCGGCAUUGUGUGUCUCACCUUUAAUAUCUACAACAGUAACGUCAGGUACAUCCAGAACUCUCAGCCCUACCUAAACAACAUGACUGCGGUGGGAUGCAUGAUGGCGCUGGCUGCUGUCUUUCCUCUGGGCAUCGACGGAUUUCACAUCCACAGGAGCCAGUUUCCUGUCAUCUGCCAGUUUCGUCUGUGGCUCCUCGGUCUGGGCUUCAGUCUCGCUUACGGCAGCAUGUUCACCAAGAUCUGGUGGGUCCACACUGUCUUCACAAAGAAGGACGAAAAGAAGGACAAGAGGAAGCAGCACCUGGAACCGUGGAAACUCUAUGCUACAGUCGGCAUUCUGCUUGCAAUUGAUUUCCUGUCUCUGAUGAUCUGGCAGAUCAUUGACCCUCUACACAUCACAGUGGAGAAAUUCACCAAAGAGGCCCCCAAAGCGGACCUGGAUGUGCUGAUCCAGCCAUUACUGGAGCACUGCAGCUCAGAAAAGAUGAACACUUGGCUGGGGGUGGUGUAUGGUUAUAAAGGCCUACUGCUCCUGCUCGGCAUCUUCCUGGCAUAUGAGACCAAGUCCAUCUCUACAGAGAAGAUCAACGACCACCGAGCUGUGGGCAUGGCCAUCUACAAUGUUGCUGUGUUGUGCCUCAUCACGGCUCCGGUCACGUUGAUCCUGUCCUCGCAGCAGGACGCCUCCUUCGCCUUCGCCUCUCUGGCCAUCGUCUUCUCUGUCUACAUCACCCUGGUGGUUCUGUUCAUCCCCAAGAUGCGGCGCCUGAUCACCCGCGGCGAGUGGCAUUCUGACGCUCAGGAGACGAUGAAGACCGGCUCAUCCACCAACAACCACGAUGAGGAGAAGUCCAGACAGCUGGAGAAGGAGAACCAGGAGCUUCAGAAGAUCAUCCAGGAGAAGGAAGAGCGAGUGUCGGAGCUGAGAAACCAGCUGGUCGAGCGCCAGGCCCUGCGAUCACGGAGACCAACAUCCAUCAGCAUGAACCACAUCCCCGUUCCUCUCCCCAUCAGCGACCCCCGGUCCCUGGGCCCCCCCCCAGGAUACCCCACGCCCAUCUGCGACACCCACUCCAUGUCCCCGUCCUUCACUAACUCAGCCAGCCUCUAUCAGGCAGACAGCAGAAUCAGCAGGAAUAACUGCCACACCAGCCCCCUGCAGAUGCUCUACAAGUAAAAACUGUAUUUCCAAUGACCCCUGCUCUUCCACAUGCACGCAUGAUGGAGAAGGAUGUGAUCUAAACUCA